AUGGAACCUGGAGUACAAGUACGUGAGAUUGGAACUGGUGCACUUGGUGUAGUUGAGCGUGGUAACAAUGCAGAUAAUAUUAAGAACAACAACACUGUAACUGUAAUCAAACACCUUGUUAACUUAUUUACUUUUAAUAUAUUUUAUGAAUAUGCCGGCAGGUGGAUAUUAUGUGCAAACAGUGUAUCUCCAUCUGCCAACCCUGCCAGACCUACCGUAGGUCAAUCUACACCAACAAAGACAUCAGAGGAACCAACGAAAUUGAGUUUUGGAGGAAGACAAUUCACAAAACCUGGAAAUGCUCCAAUGAAUAAAUACUCUACUUUACCAUCGAAAGCCUAUUUCGAAGCAUCGACUGCACCCGCUCGUCAAACUGCUGAAUCCAUUCAAAAGCUGAUGCAGCAAUUCCCACAACAGCAACAACAACAACAACAACCAGCUCAACAACAACAACCAAUCAAACGUGUUUCACCACCACAAACCAACGAAGUUGUUCAAACUCAAUCAUCUUCACGUCCAACAGCAAUUGUAUUACAACAAUCUCCAAUUCAACCAACUCAACAACAACAACAACAACAACAACAGCAAGUUCAAGCACAAAAGGUUGUUCAACCAGUAAGUGUUGCACCAAUUCCUAUCAGCAAUCCAGUUCCACAACAACAAGCAGCUGCUGCAGCACCAGUGUCACCACACCAACCAGUUCAACAACAGGCACCAAUUACCAAUGGACACGCUCAUCAUUUCCAAAAAGACAUGUGGCAUAUCGACUUUAGUGAAUUGGUAUUGGAAGAUGUCAUUGGAUCAGGAAAAUACGGUGAGGUAUCUCUAGGAACUUGGAUAGGAACACCAUGUGCUAUUAAGAGAAUUCUUGAAUGUAAUGAAGAAACAAACUUGAUGAUCGACAGAGAGUUACAAAUUUUAAAGGAAGUUAGACAUCCAAACAUCGUUCAAUUCUUGGGUGCAACCAAACAUAACGGUGAAAUCUAUAUCAUUACAGAGUAUAUGAACAAAGGAGAUUUGUUUGAUGCACUGAUCUUUGGUGAUGAACCAUUGACAUGGAAGACAAAGCUCAGCAUUGCAUUGGAUAUUGCACAGGCUUGUACCUACUUGCAAGCCAGAGGUAUUUUACACAGAGAUCUAAAGUCUCAGAACAUCUUGUUGAGUGACAACCACAGAGCUAAACUCUGUGAUUUGGGUUUGGCACGUGUAUUCGAAGAUCAAGCAAACAAGAGAUUAACAUUCGUUGGAAGUGAUAGAUGGAUGGCACCUGAAAUAUUUAUGGGAGUUGAUUAUGAUUACAAGGUAGAUGUUUUCUCAUAUGGUAUUGUUUUGGUAGAGUUAAUUACCAACGCAGUUCCAGACGAGAGAAAACCAAACAAAAUGUUUGCUUUUGAAACUCAGUUGUUCCUCAACAAGGUUCCAUCGGAUUGUCCACCGGCAUUCGCCAAACUCACGGUGGCAUGUACUUCCACCGAUCCAAGAAGUAGACCAUCGUUCACCAAAAUUUUAGAAAUCGUUAAAGCAAUCUAUGAUUCAUUACCAGAGGACGGAGAGGAUGAUCUUUUCAAAAUAGAUUGA